AUGGCUUCUAUUAAGAUAGAGACUAUCAUGAAGGAAAAGAACCGGAUGGGAGAGUGUCCUCUGUGGGAUGAAAGGACCGGUCACCUUGUUUAUGUGGAUAUCAACGCACAGAAGGUUUGCAGAUGGAACCCAGUCACUGACGAAAUACAGAGUGUGACCCUGGAUGCCCCGGUAGGAUGUGUGGCUCUCCGAGAGUGUGGGGACUAUGUUGUAGCCCUUGGAACCCGAUUUGGCCUCUUGAACUGGGAAAGCCAAUCAGUGACAACCGUUUGUCAUCUUGAACAGGAUAAACCGAACAACAGGUUCAACGAUGGCAAAGUGGACCCGGCUGGAAGAUUUGUGGCUGGUACAAUGGCUGAGCAAUCUAGCCCAGGAGUGUGGGAGAAACAACAAGGGUCUCUCUAUACUCUCUAUUCGGAUUGCUCUGUGGUAAAGCAAUUGGACAAGCUGAGCAUCUCAAAUGGAUUGGACUGGUCCUUGGAUCAUCAAAUAUUGUACCACAUUGAUAGCCUGACAUAUGCUGUGCAUGCCUUUGACUAUGACCUGCAAUCAGGAAAAAUCGCCAAUAGAAGGCUUCUGUAUAAGCUGGAAGAGGAAGAAAGCAUGCCUGAUGGUAUGUGCAUUGACAUUGAAGGGAAGCUGUGGGUGGCCUGCAUUGAUGCUGGAAGAGUAAUACGCGUGGACCCUGAGACAGGAAAAAGACUACAGACAGUGAAGAUGCCCACCCCUAGGAUAACAUCCUGCUGCUUUGGUGGGAAAGACUACUCUGAACUCUAUGUCACUUCAGCCUCUGAUGGUUUGAGCCAAGAAGAAUUGAAAAGAGAAUCUCAUGCAGGAGAGAUUUUCAAGGUAACUGGCCUGGGUGUGAAAGGAAUCCCUCAGUAUUCCUUUGCAGGUUGACACCCACAGAUCA